AUCCACCGCCGGUACCGCCGACACCAGUACCGGGAGUACCAGCGCCCCAGUGCCACCAGUAAGGGAGGACCGCUGGUACCACCACAACCACCUCCGGUACCACCGCAGCCAUUGCCGGUACCACAGCCAUCGCCGGUACCACCACUGCCGGUGUACCUCAUCACCGGUACCGGAAGCGCCGUCACCGCCAGUACCACCAGUACCGGCACUCCCAUCACUGCCGGUGCCGCCUGUACCAGCAGUAGCAGCUCUGGUACCGUCACCAGAACCACCGGUACCACCAUUGCCAGUACCAUCAGUGCAACUGGUGCCACCACCACCGGUACCAUCGGCACUGGUGCUCCCAUCGCCACCGGUACCACCAGUACCACCGGUACCAGUACCACCGAUCCCAUCAUCCACAGCACUGCCAGCACCAGUACCGCCGGUACCACUGGCACCACCAGUCCCACCAUUGACAGCACGACCGGCACUGGUAGCACCCACACCAGCACCACCAGCACCGCCGGUACCGCCCGACCCAUCAUUGGCAGCACCGUCACGGACAGCCCUACCGGAACCACCAGACCCGUCAUUGACAGCAGCACCAACACCACCGGUACCAUCGGGUCCAUCACGGACAGCCCUACCAGAACCAGCCCUAUUGGUACCACCAGCCCCAUCAUUCACAGCACCACCGGAGCCAGUGCCAUCAGCCCCAUCAUUGCCAGCCCCACUGGUACCUCCGGACCCAUCACAGACAGUCCCACUGGUACCACUGAACCCAUCAUUGACAGCCCUACCAGAACCAGCCCCACUGGUACCACCGGACCCAUCACCGACAGCACCACCGGAACCAGUACCAUCAGCCCCAUCAUUGCCAGCCCUCCUGGAACCAACCCCAUCGGUACCACCGGCCCCAUCAUUGACAGCCCCAUCAUCGCCAGCCCUACCGGAACCAGCCCCACCGUGACGCCGUCCCCUCAGGGUCACCGCUCGUUCCGCUACGCCCUGCAGGAACACCCGCGCCAGGCCCUGGCCGUCAUGAACCAGCUGCGGCUCAGCCGGCAGCUCUGCGACGUCACCCUGCGCGUGCGCUACGGCGACGGCCCCCCCACCGACUUCCCAGCUCACAAAGUGGUCCUGGCCUCCUCCAGCCCCGUGUUCAGGGCCAUGUUCACGGCGGGGCUGCGGGAGCAGGCGAUGGAGGUGGUGCCCAUCGAAGGGGUGCACCCGCGGGUGAUGGAGCGGCUGCUGGAGUUCGCCUACACGGCGUCCAUCUCGGUGGGGGAGCGCUGCGUGCUGCACGUGAUGAGCGGGGCCGUCAUGUACCAAAUCGACAGCGUGGUGCGCGCCUGCUGCGACUUCCUGCUGCAGCAGCUCGACCCCAGCAAUGCCAUCGGCAUCGCCAACUUCGCCGAGCAGAUCGGCUGCACCGAGCUGCACCAGCGCGCCAGGGAGUACAUCUACAUGCACUUUGCUGAGGUGUCCAAGCAGGAGGAGUUCUUCAACCUGUCGCACUGCCAGCUGGCCACACUCAUCAGCCGCGACGAGCUGAACGUGCGCUGCGAGUCGGAGGUGUUCCACGCCUGCAUCAACUGGGUGCAGUACGACUGCGAGCAGCGGCGGCCCUACGUGCAGGCCUUGCUGCGCGCCGUGCGCUGCCACGCGCUGACGCCGCAUUUCCUGCAGAUGCAGCUGCAGAAGUGCGAGCUGCUGCGCUCCGACGCGCGCUGCAAGGAUUACCUGGCGCAGAUCUUCCAGGACCUCACCCUGCACAAACCCACCCCCCAGGUGCAGCCCGGCAGGGCCCCCAAAGUGGGGCAGCUCAUCUACACAGCCGGCGGUUACUACCGGCAGUCGCUGGGCUACCUGGAGGCCUUCAACCCCCGCGACGGCUCCUGGGUGCGCCUGGCCGACCUGCAGGUGCCGCGCAGCGGGUUGGGGGGCUGCGUGGUGGGGGGGCUCUUCUACGCCGUCGGG